AUGUAACGAUGCUUCCGCUGUUAUACAAGUCAUCUGGUCUGGUUGUUCAGAGGACAUAACGCGGAAUACAGGUUUAAAGAUCUGCUAAAAAGUGCACCGCGCACUUUCUUCGUCAUCUGCCUUUUGACUUCGUGAGCUAGGGUAUUUGUUCCUGCUGGUGUGUAGAGGUGUUCUUUGGGUCGGUGCAUGGGCCUAUGUUGUUCAUAGUGCAAACCACAGGAAAAUAAAGUACAUAAACUCAGUCAUGGCAGGCAUUCUCGCCAGAUCACUUUGGAACAAAAAGGUUCCUCUCCAGAUGGGUCGACUAUGUUACUCUUCAUCUGUGCCAACCACCAAGCUGUUUAUAGAUGGCAAGUUUGUAGAGUCCAACACUACCGAAUGGCUUGACAUUCACAAUCCAGCCACCAACGAGGUGGUGGGACGUGUCCCCAAGGCGACCCAGCAGGAGAUGCUAGCGGCUGUGGACUCCUGCUCCAAGGCCUACUUACCCUGGGCUGAGACUUCCAUCUUAAGCAGGCAGCAAAUAUUUCUCCGUUACCAGCAGCUCAUCAAGGACAACAUUAAAGAGCUGGCCAAGUUGAUCACUCUAGAGCAGGGGAAGACUCUGGCGGAUGCUGAGGGAGAUGUCUUCAGAGGGCUGCAGGUGGUUGAGCAUGCCUGCAGCAUCACCUCUCUGAUGCUGGGAGAGACCCUGCCCUCCAUCACCAAGGAUAUGGACACCUACACCUACCGCCUGCCCAUCGGGGUCUGUGCCGGCAUCGCCCCCUUCAACUUCCCCGCCAUGAUUCCUCUGUGGAUGUUCCCCAUGGGCAUGGUCUGUGGCAACACCUACCUGAUGAAGCCCUCCGAGCGUGUCCCAGGGUGCACCAUGCUCUUGGCAAAGCUACUGCAGGAUUCUGGAGCACCUGAUGGAACACUGAACAUCAUCCAUGGCCAGCACGCAGCGGUGAACUUCAUUUGUGACCACCCGGCAAUCAAGGCCAUCAGCUUUGUGGGCUCCAACCAGGCCGGGGAGUACAUCUACGAGAAAGGCUCCAAGAACGGCAAGAGAGUGCAGUCAAACAUGGGAGCUAAGAACCAUGGUGUGGUGAUGCCUGAUGCUAACAAGGAAAACACCCUGAACCAGCUGGUGGGCGCUGCCUUUGGAGCAGCAGGCCAGCGGUGUAUGGCUCUGUCAACAGCCAUUCUCGUAGGCGAGGCUCGUGAUUGGCUCCCAGAGCUGGUGGAACGCUCCAAAGCACUGCGUGUCAAUGCAGGUGACCAGCCCGGGGCAGAUGUAGGUCCUCUCAUUUCCCCGGAGGCCAAGGCCAGAGUGGACGGUCUGAUCCAGAGCGGGGUGGAUGAGGGAGCCACGCUGCUGCUGGACGGGAGGAACGUCCACGUCAAAGGAUACGAGAACGGGAACUUCGUAGGCCCCACCAUCCUGGCCAAUGUCACACCAGACAUGAAAUGCUACAAGGAGGAGAUAUUUGGGCCGGUCCUUGUGGUUCUGGAAGCUGACAACCUGGAUGACGCCAUCACAUUAAUCAACAACAACCAGUAUGGCAACGGCACUGCCAUCUUCACCACCAACGGAGCCACAGCUCGCAAAUACACUCAUGAAGUGGACGUAGGGCAGAUUGGUGUGAAUGUUCCCAUCCCUGUUCCUCUGCCCAUGUUCUCCUUCACUGGCUCCAGAGGCUCCUUCAGAGGCGACACUAACUUCUAUGGGAAGCAGGGGAUCCAGUUCUACACUCAGAUCAAGACGGUGACAUCACAGUGGAAGGCUGAAGACGCCACUCUGAAGACCCCAGCUGUUACCAUGCCGACCAUGGGACGCUAACUACAUGUAGCAGUGUAAAUAUGUUUUCUCACGUAGACAUUUCAGCACAACCUUUUAUGUACUACGGAUAUGCCUUAACAUUCAUGUGGUCAGGAGAAGGGUUGGGGAUCGAUUCAAUUUGAUCGAUUCCAAUUCUGAACCGGUUCUCGAUGCUCAACCCUAGUCAGGAGGUACAAAUCAAUGGUUGCUGUUUGUAUUCGUUUUCAAAAACAUUAACGUGUUCUGUUGAUGACCUUGCUAGUUGUUACUAGUAGAAAUGGUGCUAUGGAUGACCUCAGUCUGUUACCCUAUGAGCAUGGACACAGUGUGCAACCAAGAACAGUAGGAUGUUCUUCCUCUACUGCAGUUCUGGAAAGGACAGGUGAUCGAGUCAAAAAUGUCUACACAUUGUCAAUAACAGUACAGAAAAUGUUUUUGUGAUAUUGUUUCAAUGCAAUCUUUACUGGUCUGACCACUGUCUGUUUUAGCCAUGUUUUGUGUUCUGAGAGUGUGGAUGCAUUAGAGGACCCCUUAAUUGUUAUUUACUACAGUUAUGCAGUAUGUUCUCAUGGGCAUGCAUGAUAGAGGAGUUGAUUGACAUUUAUUAAAACUUGCAUUGGUUUUGCA